CGACGCUGGGCGGCCUGGGCCCCUGAGUCCCUGACGCAUCUCAUUCAACCAGGAACCGAAACAUAGCAGGCCUCAUUUUUCAUCUCGUCUUCCCGAUAUCGCAAAGCCUAAAGCCCAUUCUGUUGACUUCUUGUUCUCGCCACACGCCUGACGUGCACUACGAGCUGCAAUUAUCAAUACAUGUACGCUGCCAUCGAUCAAUAUAUGCAAACUCACGACGGAUAUCAUCAACAUACACCAAAAUACCAUCUCAUAAGCUUCCAAGUCAUCUAGGUCACCGUUUGAUAACCGCCCAUCAUGACUAAACCUCCCUCACCCCCAUACUCGACAACCGAUGCACCACCUCCCUCCUACUUCGAAGCAACAGCAUCCUCCUCCUCCUCCUCCUCAACAGCAAACCCACCACCCCUCUUCCCAACCCAAAACCCCCUCUCCUCCUUCCUCCGCGCCGCCCACACAGCCCACGCAUGCCACCUCGCCGCCCACGAAUCCACCCUCCUCACCCUCCUCACCCACUCCCUCGACUCCCACACCUCCGACCUCCUCGCCUCCCUCUCCCCUCCCCCGAGACAACUCAACCUAACCCUCGUCCCCUCCGCCGCCGUCGCCCCCUCCUGGACCCUACUCGACCCCGACCUCGACGCCGAAGACCCCACCCGGGGACGCUACUUCCGCGCCAUCCGGGUGCAGAACAAAAACAACAGCAAAGGCCCCUCCUCCCUGGGCGACGGCGACAAGAAAUCUUCGUCUUCCGCCUCGGAGGAAGGGGAGACAGAGACGGUAAGGGAGAAGGGGUUCGACGAGUGGGGCCGCUGGGACGACGACGAUGACGACGCGGGGAAGAAGAAGAAGAAGAAGGAGGAGCACUGGUGGUUCCGCGACGAGGUGCUCGCUUGUCGCUUGGCUCGGUAUCUGCUCCCUCCUUCUCCGCCUUCGCAGCCGGCUGCUGCUGCUGCUGCUAUCUCGCGGAGAGGAAUGCGUGGGAUUCGCGACGAUUAUGAUCAUGUUCGCAUGACGGCCAAGGCGGAGGAGGUUACGUUCCGACGGGAGAAUGAGAUGGGUAUCUGGGAGAGUUUGAGUGGCUGGGGUAUUGUCGUGAGGAUCAAGAUGCGGAGGGCCUAAAUUACGUUUGAAGGUACGGACGGGUACGGGUACGGGUACGGGUACGGAUUCCGACAAACAUCAUCUUCGCGACCCGGAUGUUGAAUGUCAUCUGUCUCUUUGUUUGGACCAAGUUCUCAUCAGAAGCGCUAUGUUUCUAAAGGCCUGCUUAACAAGUUCUAUUUGCUCCUGACCCUACUGUCCGUACCCUCAUUCUCUACCGAACCGUCGGGACGUCCCUUGCCCGCGAGAAUCGCUCUAUAUCCUAC